UGUACCGUACAGUGAUUGACCGCUAGCGACAUCUAUUAGUUGGAUUGGGUUGUGCGGAUUGUGGCCGCUGCCGACUGUGGCUCUGUUAGCUGCGACUUUGGUAUGUGGCGCGCGGUGAUUGGCCUUGACCCCGAGCAGCUGUGCCACGCCCGCGCACAGACAGCUGUUUUCGUUUUUUUGUGUGGCAUUGUGGCUUUUUCUGUUGGCACGGUUGGAGGCGUUUCCCCAAUACAGUGCAUCGGAUUUUUGAUUCUGCUUGGUCUUCUUCGCCUGCUACGGCCCGGCCCGACCCUGCGAUUCAGCGGUCGACUUUAUUCGGAAACAUUGGUGCCGAAACUGUCGGGAUGGCGGAGGAGAGGAGCAGAAUAGCGGCUAAGGGCUGGCUGACCCGCGCUGGGUCCAAGAUGGAGGCGUUGUUAUGCCGAGAAGACGCGGGUUCCGACGAGUGGCGUUUGGAGGCGCAGAUCGUGGAAUCUGAAUUCCUGAAGCGGCUCGAUGCGUUUGAUGCUGCUCAGGCCGCGUUUGAAGCCAGCCUGAACGACGAGGAAGAGCUCAUGAAAGAUAUCGAGCGGAGUGCAGCGUUCCGUGACACCUUCACCGGUCUGCGCGCUCGCUUCCGUAAGGCUCUGACGGCUGAUCAGGAGCCGGCUCUCAGCUCGUCCUCACAUGGACAGGCAAUGAAGCUCCCCAAGUUAUCACUGCCGACCUUUGAUGGUGAUGUGAGGGGCUGGCCUAUGUUUUGGGAAUCAUUCUGUGCUUGUGUGGAUCAAGCUGAACUUCCUGACGUGUCUAAGUUUUCUUACCUUCGGUCACUACUGAAGGGGGAGGCCUUGAAGGCUAUCAGUGGCUUGGUGCUCACUGGCUCAAGCUACAAGGCGGCCUGUGACAUCCUCCGUCAGAGGUAUGGCCGCCCAGAGAGACUCGUCUUUCUUCACAUUGAGGCGUUGCUGAAUGUGAGCCUGAACCAAUGUGAUCUGCAACAUCUGCAGGAUGAACUGAUGUCCCACAUCAGAAGUUUGGAGGGCCUUGGUGUUGAAGGGGAGAAGUUCGGAGUAUUCCUCACCCCCUUGGUGCUCUCUAAGCUCCCUGAAGAGGUCCGACUGGAGUGGGCAAGAGGUUCGGAGGGAAGAGAGAGUGAUCUGGAGUACCUCCUCCAGUUCCUUGCCUCGGAGAUUCAGAGGAGGGAGCGCUCUGGCAACUACUGCCACCUGGAGCGGGUGGAUCACUCUGCUGCUGCUGCUCCUGCUGAGGGUGGCCGCCGAUCGUCUUCUGGACAGCCUGGUGGUCGGCUGGGUGGCCGCCCUGCUCGGGCUCCCGGCCGCCUCAGGCAGUUCACUGGGAAGCCAUCACCUGCUGGUUCUACAGCUGCUGCUCUGCAGGCCUCAUCUGAGACCACCUGUGGCUUCUGUCAGGGACCUCACCUAUCAGAUAAGUGCAAAGAUUGGCUUAAGUUAACGCGUGAAGAAAGAUUUGAGAGGGUCAGAGGGGCUAGACUGUGUUUUAGCUGUCUGUCAUCUAGCCACAUGGCUAGAUCUUGCUCUGUUAGAUGUAAGGAGUGUGGUCGUAGACAUCACACCAUGUGCUGUCUUAGAAGGGAGGGUGUCCGGGACUCUGAUCAGAGUAGGGCUGGACCUGAGGCACCCACUGAGAGGCAGCCCCGUGACGCUGACACAGCCUCUGCCUCUCUGUCUUCUCAUACGGGAGGGGAUCAUGUGUUGCUUCCCACUGCUACUGUGCGGGUGAUUGGGAAUGAUGGGAAACCUGUGUUUGCUAAACUGAUCAUGGAUUCUGGGGCUGAUCGCUCCUUUGUGUCUGAGGGGCUACUGAAAAGGGUCAAGGGGACAUGGAAGGGCUCUGUCGAGAUGGCAUAUGCUGCCUUUGGUGGUGGGAAACAGGACGGUGUUUAUGAUAAGUUCGAGUUACAGCUUGCUGCUGCAAAUGAGUCUGUGUCAUCUGUUCACAGGAUUGAGGCAGUGCGCGUUCCAGUGAUAUGCGCACCUCUGAGACGCCCUGUUGUGCCAGCUCAGCUCCUGAGUGCCUUCUCACACCUGCCGCUAGCUGAUACGUACUCAGACGACCAGGACCAGCAGAUACGAGUAGACAUCCUGGUGGGACAGGACCAGUACUGGGAUCUGGUGAGAGCUGGCCUGUUCCGCAGUCCGGAUGGCCUGGUAGCUCAGGAGACUGUCUUUGGGUGGGUGUUGUUUGGCAGGGCUGAGGGUCCCCCUGGGAGCCCGUCUGUUGGAGGUGGGGCCUCAUGCCAGCUGCUGACCAUGACAGAUGUGCCUGUGGGUAGAAACCUGUGGUCUAUGGGUGGCUCUGGGGACACUGUAGGCCUGGGGGAUGCCACUGGUCUGGAGGACACUGCUGAGCCUGAUUUGAUACAGGAGUUUAAGGAGUCUGUGACCUAUGAUGAUGGCAGGUACGUUGUGAAACUGCCCUGGAGAUCUGAUGGUUUGGUGUCAAAGCUGAGUGACAACAGAGAGGCCGCUGAGGCUCGUCUUUCCAGUUUGUCCAGGAAGUUAGAUGGGAACCCCCUGCUGAGGGAGAGAUAUGAUUGUGCCUUGAGGGAAAUGGAGACCUCUGGUGUGAUUUGUGAGGUCCCAACUGAGGAGAUGUGCUCUGAAUUCCCAGUCUAUUACAUGCCACAUCGCCCAGUGGUGAAAGAGACUAGUAGGGGGAUGAAAGUGCGCCCUGUCUUUGAUGCAUCUGCCCGAGGCUACAAUGGUUUGUCAUUGAAUGACUGCGUGGAGCUAGGGCCGGCGUUGAUUCCCAGUCUGCCGGAGGUUCUCCUGCGGUUCAGGAGAUGGCGAUUCGGCUUCUCCGCCGACAUCGUCAAGGCUUUUUUGCAAGUCAGGCUUGCACGUGAGGACCAGGACGUGCACAGGUUCUUAUGGCUCUGUGAGGGCAGAGUUAGGGUGAUGCGCUUCCAGCGCGUGACGUUUGGUGUUGCUUGCAGUCCCUUUUUGCUUAAUGCAACUGUUCAACACCAUCUGUCCCAGUAUGGUGAUGAGCCUGUGGUGCAGGAGAUGAAAGAGAACUUCUACAUGGACGACCUGCUUUCAGGAGCGGACUCGGAGGCAGAGGUUGUAGCCAUGUUCAGGGAAGCGCGCUCCAUCAUGGGAGCUGCUGGGAUGGAGCUGUCAAAGUGUUCGUCCAACUCUGCUGUUCUCUUCGGUGAGCUCGAAGGUGGCUCAGUCAGUGACAGCGUGAAGGUGCUUGGUGUGACUUGGUGGCCCGACGACGACACUUUCUCCUUUGUAGGUCAACUCCUCCCUGAUGAUGUUGUCCCAACGAAACGUGUCCUGCUUAGUCUGAUUGCUAGACUGUUUGACCCUCUCGGGUUCCUGACUCCGUUCACAAUGCUCGCUAAAUGCCUUUUCCAGGACCUGUGGGAGCAGGGUUCUGGGUGGGACGAGCCGCUUCGGGGCGGCGAUGCUGAGUUGUUCAGGAGCUGGGUGGACGGUCUUCAGCUGCUGCAGCGGCACCGGAUCCCACGCUGCUACUCAGCUGGCGGUGGACCUGACUGGUCCUCUGAUGCACGUAAGGAGUUGCACGUUUUCGCUGACGCGUCGCCUAAGGGCUAUGGUGCAGUGGUGUACAUUCGCCUCUCACUGCCUGAUGGGUCCAGUUCUGUGUCAAUGGUGAUGUCAAAGGCCAGAGUGGCUCCUCUGAAGAGGCAGACGUUACCUCGGCUGGAGCUGAUGGCUUGCCUGAUGGCCAGUCAGCUGGUUGAGUUGGUACGAAAGGCUCUGCGUUUGCCUGACGGUGCCUUGUGUACAUGCUGGUCUGACUCGAUGAUCGCCCUCGGAUGGCUGACAGGUGAUCCUCGGAGGUGGAAGCCCUUCGUGGCCAGCCGAGUGCGCCAGAUCCAGUCUCUGACGCCUGUGGCGUGCUGGCGUCAUUGCAGCUCAUCCGACAACCCCGCAGACCUGCUGACGCGGGGCAUGUUGGCCGAUGAUUUGCUCGUGUCUCGGCUGUGGCGCUCUGGUCCUGACUGGCUUCGUGUAGCCGCCCAGCCGCUCCAGGUCAGCGACGGGACGGCGUCCUGGGUGGACGCCUCGGAAUCGGCGCAGCUUCUGAUCCGAGAAGAGAUGGUGGCUGUUUCUGGUGAGCCGGCGCGUGAGGUCGGUGACCUCCGCGGCGUCCUGUGUGACGCGAGAGUGCAAACAGUCCUUUCGGAGGAUGCUGCUGCACCAUGUGCCCCCACUGAUGUCGGAGAGGGGAAGUUGCUGUGUUCUGACGACGCAGUGGCGGCUGAUGGGGCACCAGAUCCGCGGGUGAGCCCGCCCCCUGACGGAGGAGUCGGUGCGGCGGCGCCGCCCCGUGCCGAUGGUCCAAGUGACCGUGCUUCUGUCCAGACGAGGUUGUUAGACCUCGACAGAUUUGGAUCACUGAACAAGGCCACCCGAGUGAUGGGUUGGGUUCAGAGAUUUGUCCGGAACGCUCGUGGUGUGAACCGCUGCAGCGAGCAAGACCUGACGUGUGCUGAGAUGACUGAUGCGCGGAACGCUCUGUUUCGCCUUGUACAGGUUGAGAGUUUUCAUGCUGAGAUGACAGCUCUGAGGAUGGGUGGUAGAGUUCCAGCCAGCUCGCCACUUCACAGGCUCUCGCCCUUCUUGUCUGAUGGUCUGCUGCGUGUUCAAGGGCGACUCCAGUUUAGUCAGCUAUCUUAUGAGGAAAAGCAUCCUAUUAUUUUGCCCAAGGGGCACUUGUCGUACUUGCUCGUUCGUGAGCAGCACCACCUCAUGCAUCAUGCUGGUGUAGCCACCCUGCUGACUGCUGUGAGAUCUGAGUUUUGGGUGCUGGGGCUCAGAGCCAUUGCUCGCCGCGUCGUUCGUGGCUGUCUGGCGUGCCGUUGGCAGGAUGCCAGGGCCGGUUCGCAGCAGACCGCCCCUCUGCCGCGGGAUAGGGUGUCUCCUGCCCCGCCAUUUUCAGUCACUGGCGUGGACUUCGCAGGGCCACUGUUUUCUGUUGAUUUCCCACGGAAGAAGUUAUACGUUUGUCUAUUUACCUGCGCGGUCACUCGUGCCGUGCAUUUGGAGCUGACCGAAUCGCUGUCGCUGCCGCAUUUCAUGCUGGCGUUCCGCAGGUUUGCUGCUCGGAGAGGUGUGCCGUCCACUGUCUAUUCCGACAACGCGACCACCUUCAAAGGCGCCGACGUUCAGCUUCGCAAGUACUUUGGGCGGCUCUCUCCUUGUUGGAAAUUCAUCGCCCCCCUCUCCCCGUGGUGGGGGGGUUGGUGGGAACGUCUGAUACGUUCAGUCAAGGUCGCGCUUCGUAAGUCACUGGGAAAGCGCUGUCUGACGCGCAUUGAAUUGGAAACCGUGCUGAGUGAGGUCGAGGCUUGCAUUAACUCGCGACCACUCACCUUUCAGGGUGACACUCCAGAUUGUCCGGGACCUCUGACGCCAAACCAUUUUUUGACUGGGCGCAGUGUAGGGUUUCAGGCCAGGGCGGCCGAGGAUCCGUCUGCCGUGACUGCGCGGGCGUUGAGUGACAGGGCACGGGUCUGUGAGAUGCGCCUGUCCAAGUUUUGGGCUGCCUGGAGGAAUGAAUACUUGAGGACUCUACCGCCCGCAGUGAGCGGUAAGGGACAGGGUAAGCUAGAGGUGGGCUCACCUGUUCUGGUGCACGAGGAGGGGACCCCCCGGCUUAAGUGGGAUAUGGGGGUGGUUACUCGCGUGUUCCCUGGGAGGGACGGCUUGGUCCGGUCUGCUGAGGUGAGAACCCCUGGUGGUCUGAGAACGAGGUCUGUACAGCGGCUUCAUAACCUUGAAGUCCUUCCAUCCUCUCUUCCUUCACCCGGGUGUCCUGCCUGAGUGCCUCUUGCAGGUCCCUCGCGCACUGCCUCAGUGGUAGGCAUUUUAAAUAUCAAGUCGUGUUACGUUUCAGUGGUGUGUCUGUAUGAAAUGUUUGCACUUUAUUUGAUGUAGGUAGUGAACAUAUGCAUUGUUCACGGCUCUGUUUCUGUUAUUCAUUGGCUCUGCCAAGAGUCGGCGGGAGGGUGUUGAAUAUUGUUCAGUACCGUACCGUAUCGUUAAGCGCCUGUACCGUACAGUGAUUGACCGCUAGCGACAUCUAUUAGUUGGAUUGGGUUGUGCGGAUUGUGGCCGCUGCCGACUGUGGCUCUGUUAGCUGCGACUUUGGUAUGUGGCGCGCGGUGAUUGGCCUUGACCCCGAGCAGCUGUGCCACGCCCGCGCACAGACAGCUGUUUUCGUUUUUUUGUGUGGCAUUGUGGCUUUUUCUGUUGGCACGGUUGGAGGCGUUUCCCCAAUACAGUGCAUCGGAUUUUUGA